UAAAUACCACGACAAAAUUAAACUACAGGCUCCAAUUAGGGAGAAACUAAAGACAAGCAUGAUAAGGUCUUAACAAAUCAUUAAACACCAUCUCUAUCGGAUGUCUGGCUACAUAAACUUUACUGCAGUUUCCGUUAUUAUGGUUUACCUGAUGCCAUCUUUCUUGACUCCAGCUAGCACGCGCACGUCUCCGUGCAGCUUCACGUGAGGGAUGCUUCUGAGGCGGUCCUGAACGCACCAGUCUGAACUCUACACUCAUUCUGCCUCAUGUUCACGCCACCGAAAAGCCGGAGCAGAUUCCCUGUCUAGCCGACACUCACAGCCCGCUGUUGGGUGCCGGCGGAGUCCAUUAAGCAGAGCCAGGAUGCGGUGCCACAAGUUUUGGGGACCAUGUUCCGUUGGGUUUUACAUUUGUGCGGCCGUGCUUUUCAAAGGAUCCCUGCAGGGAGAACACCAGAGGAGGCUGUACAAGGAGCUGCUGGCUAACUACAACCGGCUGGAGAGACCUGUGGUCAAUGAUUCAGCCGCCAUCCUGGUGGAGCUUGGCCUCACACUGCUGCAGAUCAUAGAUGUGGAUGAGAAGAACCAAGUGCUGAUGACCAACGCCUGGCUGCAGCUGUACUGGACAGACAUCUACCUGAGCUGGAAUCCAGAAAACUACCCUGGUGUCCAGAACCUUCGAUUCCCUUCAGACCAGAUCUGGACUCCAGACAUUCUCCUUUACAACAGUGCGGAUGAGCGUUUCGAUGCCACCUUCCACACCAACGUACUGGUGAAUGCAUCAGGUUACUGCCAGUACAUACCUCCUGGCAUCUUGAAGAGCACCUGUUACAUUGAUGUACGUUGGUUCCCCUUCGAUGUGCAAAAGUGUGACUUGAAGUUUGGCUCCUGGACACACAACGGCUGGCUGCUAGACCUCCAGAUGCUGGAUGUGGACACAUCCACCUACAUACCCAAUGGGGAGUGGGAUCUUGUGGGUGUGCCAGCCAAGCGCAAUGAGCUGUAUUACGAGUGCUGUAAGGAGCCCUACCCUGAUGUGACAUUCACGGUCACCAUGCGGCGCAGAACAUUAUAUUAUGGCCUGAACCUGCUCAUCCCCUGUGUGCUGAUCUCAGGCUUGGCCCUGCUGGUCUUCUUGCUACCUGCAGACUCUGGAGAAAAGAUUUCUCUGGGCAUCACUGUGCUCCUUUCACUAACUGUCUUCAUGCUCCUGGUAGCAGAGAUAAUGCCUGCCACGUCCGACUCCGUUCCUCUCAUCGCCCAGUACUUUGCCAGCACCAUGAUGAUUGUGGGAAUGUCUGUGGUGGUGACAGUUAUUGUCCUGCAGUUUCACCAUCAUGACCCUCAGGGAGGCAAGAUGCCUAAAUGGGUUCGAGUGGUUCUGUUGAAUUGGUGUGCCUGGUUUCUCCGGAUGAAACAACCUGGCGAUGAGCGCAAGCGGCCUGGUUACAAGUACCGUCACACCUCCCAGCACCAUUCAAGCACUAGCUCCAUAGAGAUGGGCACUAUGCCAAGCCUUAGUGUGCCCCUCUCUCAGACUUCCUGCCCGCCUUGCCCCACUGGGACCUCCAACGGUACCAUGAGCCUCUAUUUCGGCAACUACCACCCCAUAGAGAGCUCACACUGUCCACCAUCUAGUGACUCUGGGGUAGCACUAGGGGGACGUGCCCAUGGCUCCCCCAGUGAUGAGGCUGAGCCACCUGGAGGAGUUGGCAGUGUUGGAGGUCUGGGGAUGGGAGUUGGAGGGGGGAUGGGCAUCAGUUUCCCUCCACCAGAGAUCCAACGCAUCUUGGAGGAGGUGUCGUACAUUGCCCAGAGGUUCCGGGACCAGGACGAGGCUGAGGCCAUCUGCAGCGAAUGGAAGUUUGCAGCAGCGGUGGUGGACCGGCUGUGCCUGGUGGCUUUCUCUCUCUUCUCCAUCAUUUGCACCUUCACUAUCCUCAUGUCAGCACCCAACUUCAUUGAGGCUGUUUCAAAGGACUUCACAUAGCUUAUUGCAUCAGCAGGAAAGAGAUAAGGGAUAAAAAGGAGAUGAAUGAGGAAACAAUAAAAAGUAUGUGGUCAACAACUUACAGUCUGGGAAAUAUAAAAUCUUGAAAUGAAAUUUCAAGACAGCAAACACAGUCUUGUAAUUCUUCCAAGCUGCUGAAUUGUGUAGUCAACUGAAUCAAUCAGGAAACAAAAUAUUCAGGGUUGAUGAAGAAGUAAUUGAAGACACAUGAUAAUGUUACCUUAGCACAUUGCAAAGUACACACAAAUUCAUCGUCCCACUCUGUCUUGUUCACAUAUAGUAAAUAGGUCAGGCAGACUGGCCAGACUAGACUAAGAGGUCAGUGACAGGAAGAUAAUGUGGAUGCCAGUUGUCUUUACCUUGAAAACAGUGUAAAUGUCAUUGUUGUAUCUGCACUGUUCAUGUAAAGCCCGGCUUCAUUUACCGUACGGUGACACAUACAGCACAGCAGUAAACCUCCCUACAUAUGUCGUUCAUUUCAAUCAUCCACACUGUUGUUGUAGGUACAAACACUUAGGUACAAAUAUCACCUCAGUCUGAGCUUAUAUGUCAUCUGUUAACCUUCUGAACUCAUCAUAAGGAUGUCACAGGCUUUUCUGUCUGUAAGUGUCUACAAUCACUGUAAUGGUGUCUGGUUAGUUACUUAAAUUGAGAUGUUUUACUGUGAAUUUUAUCAUUUUUGUUGUUUUUAAUCAAGAGAGCAUUUUACACAAUUUGACUUAAGGCUAGAGGCAGUAGGAAUGCUUAUUUAGGUUCACUUUUCACUUUUUCUUGCAUGUGUUUUUUUUUAAGACAAUAGAAUCUAUAACGUCUUAAUAACAACAGUUUGGACAGUGUAAAAAUGUAUUAAAAAUCCUGUGUUGAUUGAUUUGUACUGGGGUUGACCAGUAACACAAAAUGCACAUGUGUCUUUCUAAAGUACAGUCAAAUAAUGUAUGUUGAACUGUAUAGUGCAUCUUAACUAAGUGGUCUGACAUUACAUGUACAAGUCAUUGAUAUAAGUGUAGGGAACAGGCCAUGUAAAUGUUGUCUAAUUGCUGUAAAAAUACACAUAUAUUUAAAUACCUUGAAGAGCAGGAAUUUGUACUUGCUGGACUUGCUGUACAUAAAUGGUCACUGAAGAUGAAGAUGAUUGUGACUUUUGACCCUCUGACACCACAGCCUAUGCUGGCUAAAGGCUGGACAGCAAGAGGAAAACUUUACAACCCCAUUUUUCCCCAUAUCACUGGAGAAUAUACUGUAGAGAUAUAAAAAUGCCCCGUGUAAAUUUUGUCUUUGUUUUGUAGAAGGAGCUUCAGAGCUUCUGAUUCAAACAACAAAAUUGUUAACGUGUUUAGUUCCACCUCCAACUCUCAGCCUCCUCUUUGUUGUUACAGUCAUUGGUCUCUUUAUCACUUUUCUGUUAUUCCAAGUGUGAGUAUUUGAUCUCUGUGUCAAUAAAAGUUUAUUUAUUCUCUUUA